AUGGCACCACUCAGUGCUUUUACUGAACAGCGAUACCCUAUCAGGGUCCCAAGCUUCGGCGGCGAUUACAUCUUCCACACCACGAGCCAGCAGGUGUUCGAAUUCCUCGAAGCCGGCAACGGAUACUGCCAGAUCCCCGAAGACUGGCACGCCGCCGCCAACCUCCCGCACGUCCCCUGCAUCAGGUCCCUCGGCGUCGCCAAUCUGACCUGGUAUUCCAUCGCCAAGCUCUUCAUCGGCUUUACCAUGUUCAUGAUAAUCACCUUGCUCAUCUGUUGGCUAUGCGGCCGAAUGGGGUGGUGCUUCCGCCAGCCCCGUGCAACCACCAGACACGAUCAGGGGGCGGAGCUGAGAAUGCUCGGCGCCAACAGCUCGCGGGUGCGGCAGCAGGAACAGCAGCAUGUUCUGGCUGGAGAUCAGGAAGCCGAUGGAGGUAUCGCCACUUUUAGGCUCAGAGAUUGGCGAAACCGCUAUUUUCAUCGAGCCGGAUAUGGACUGCCGGACACGAAUAGCAACAUGCCCCAUGCGCCAUCGCAGACUCAUGCGGUUUCGUGGAGGAGACGAAUCAGUGUUAGGAUCACCGCUUUUCGGAGGACUCUACAAACUCGUCCGGUUGGAAGAACUGGGAACAACAUUGAGAGAACUUUGUGA